AUGAUUACCGAUACAGCCCCGAUCACCGACACGGCCCCGGCAAGGAGUGAGUGCCUGGCCCGGGCCGGCAGUGCCCAGCGCCACCGGCAGAGAAAACACGGCAAGUCUGAACAGACUGCAGCGCUUAAAUACCCGGCUGUGUCCCCGCAGGUGAACGAUGCCGAGAGCACGGUGUCGGUGGAGUUCACCCCCACCAUCCCGCACUGCAGCAUGGCCACCCUCAUCGGCCUCUCCAUCAAGGUCAAGCUGCUCCGCUCUCUGCCCGAGAGGUUCAAGCUGGAUGUUCAUAUAACGCCAGGAACACAUGCCUCUGAGCACGCAGUCAACAAACAGCUCGCUGAUAAGGAACGUGUGGCAGCUGCUUUGGAAAACUCUCACCUGCUGGAAGUGGUGAAUCAGUGUUUGUCUGCUCGGUCGUGAUUGCCUGGUGAGGAAAUCAUUGGUGUUCUGAUCUACUGAACUAAUUUUGUAUAUAAGUGGUGGUGUUACAACUUGCAUAAAACUGUGAGCAAAAUAAAAUCACUUAAAUUCUCUUGAG